AUGGAGGCACUGAAGACAUGGGGUGGGUUUGGAAAGUGGGAUGCGGACCAUAGAUGCUAUGUACCUGAUGAGAAGCUGAAGGAGGAGUUGGUACAUGUUGAGAAGGUCAAGAAAGAGGAAGACAGCCUUGAGAGAGGAAGCAUAGGUACACUGUUCGGAGAGGAGAUCGAAGAGGCAGAGGACGAUGUUGAGCAUACCGAAGAUAUCGAGGACUUAUCUUCACUACAAACCGAAAUCUACAGUGAGGGCGACAGCUCCACAGGCAUCGAAACACCGCCUUCGACAACCGAGGAGCUUAUAGAUCCUACACUCACGCUGUCACCCAUACCGAAGCCAACGGACCCCUGCCCAGAACACUGUCCCUCCCGCCGGCGUCGCCUCCGCGAUAACGUCCGCGAUCCGAAAUAUCCAUCGUCGGCGAGCAAGUCGGCUUCUGGCUUCCACAUGGACUGCAGGAUGAACAAGCACGGAAAGAAUGGACAGUGGCGACUAACAAGAGAAUGA